AGGUUUCUCAAAUCCUAGACUAGUGCCUACCCAAUAGACUAUACUUUCUCUUUGAUCAAACAAACCUUUCUAAGGUCUAUGACUAGCUCAACACAAGCAUAUUAAAGUUUUUAGUGAACUUGGCUGCAGCCAUUUAGCAUGCACGCGUUUGCUUAUGUGCUCUAACUGGCUAUCAAUACUGUAGAUACCAGGAUUACUGAACUCUGAAGAGAUAUCAACAAAAGAAGAGAUUUGACUUGUUACAUUACUCUUCAGCCUGUUAUGAGACAGGAUUUUUUUUUUUUUGUAUAUAACUAUCAAAUACUGGCUAAUUCUGCCUCUAGAAGUUCUCAGUCCUGAACAAUUUUCUUAGCAGACUGAGCAUUCUUCACGGUCAGAAAGGAAGAGACGUGACUCAUUCGGGAUGUUUGACGGUUAUGAUAGUUGUAGUGAGGACACUAGUAGCAGCUCAAGCUCUGAUGAGAGCGAAGAAGAAGUUGCUCCCUUACCAUCUAGUCUUCCCAUUAUCAAGAAUAAUGGACAGGUCUAUACUUAUCCAGAUGGUAAAUCUGGCAUGGCUACCUGUGAGAUGUGUGGGAUGGUCGGUGUCCGAGAUGCUUUUUACUCUAAGACAAAGCGUUUCUGUAGUGUUUCAUGCUCCAGAAGUUACUCGUCAAACUCCAAGAAGGCCAGCAUUCUGGCCAGACUUCAGGUAACGGGUAAACCUCCAACUAAGAAGGCUAAAGUUCUCCAGAAACAACCUUUAGUGGCUAAACUAGCAGCAUACGCUCAGUACCAGGCUACAUUGCAGAACCAAGUGAAGACUAAAACAGCAGCUGUCCCUGUGGAAGGUUUCAGUUGGGGUAACUACAUUACUAGCAAUAAUUUAACAGCAGCUCCUGUUUCCUGUUUUAAACAUGCACCCAUGGGGACGUGCUGGGGUGAUAUCUCAGAAGGAGUGCGAGUAGAAGUUCCGAACACAGACUGCAGCCUACCUACCAAAGUCUUCUGGAUAGCUGGAAUUGUGAAAUUAGCAGGCUACAAUGCUUUGCUGAGGUAUGAAGGGUUUGAAAACGAUUCAAGCAUUGACUUCUGGUGUAACGUGUGUGGGUCUGACAUCCAUCCAGUUGGUUGGUGUGCAACUAGUGGGAAGCCUCUAGUCCCACCUAGAACAAUCCAACACAAAUACACGAACUGGAAAGCUUUUCUAGUGAAGCGACUUACUGGUGCCAAAACUCUUCCUCCUGACUUUUCUCAGAAGGUGUCAGAAGGUAUGCAGUAUCCUUUCAAACCUUCCAUGAGAGUAGAAGUUGUUGACAAAACGCAUCUCUGUCGAACACGGGUAGCAGUUGUAGACAGUGUAAUUGGAGGACGACUAAGAUUGGUAUAUGAAGAAAGUGAAGACAAAACUGAUGAUUUCUGGUGCCAUAUGUACAGCCCACUCAUUCAUCACAUUGGUUGGUCCCGAAGUAUAGGACAUCGCUUCAAAAGAUCUGAUAUUACAAAGAAACAGGAUGGACAUUAUGAUGCACCCCCGCAUUUAUUUGCAAAGGUAAAAGAAGUAGAUCCAAGUGGAGAAUGGUUCAAGGAGGGAAUGAAAUUGGAGGCUAUCGAUCCCUUAAACCUGUCUGCAAUAUGUGUUGCAACCAUUAGGAAGGUGUUGGCAGAUGGCUAUCUAAUGAUCGGGAUUGAUGGCUCAGAAGCUGCAGAUGGAUCUGACUGGUUUUGUUACCAUGCCACCUCCCCUUCUAUUUUUCCUGUUGGUUUCUGUGAAAUUAAUGCGAUAGAGCUAACUCCACCCAGAGGUUAUGCAAAACUCCCUUUCAAAUGGUUUGACUACCUCAGGGAAACUGACUCUAUAGCAGCACCUGUAAAACUCUUCAAUAAGGAAGUUCCAAACCAUGGGUUUCACAUUCGUAUGAAACUGGAGGCUGUAGAUCUUAUGGAACCACGCCUUGUAUGUGUGGCCACAGUAACCCGCAUCAUCCAUCGUCUACUGAGGAUACAUUUUGAUGGCUGGGAAGAAGAAUAUGAUCAGUGGGUGGACUGCGAGUCCCCUGAUCUCUAUCCUGUAGGGUGGUGCCAAUUAACUGGAUAUCAACUACAGCCUCCAGCACCACAAACAUCAAGAGAUAGCCAGUCAAGUUCAUCAAAGCAAAAGAAAAAGGCUAAGUCACAGCAGUACAAAGGACACAAGAAAAUGACUUCACUGCAGCUGAAGGAGGAGUUGCUAGAUGGAGAGGAGUAUAACUUUCUUCAAGGAGCAUCUGAUCAGGAAAGCAAUGGGUCUGCCAGCUACUACAUCAAACAAGAACCAUAAGGCAGCUCAGAAAUGUGAGGGGCAGGGUGGUGGUGAUAGAAAAGUCUUUCUCCAAGACUGACUGAUUUUGUUCCCAUUUCGAUGAUACAGUUGCAGAGCUGUACUUGGGGCACUUUGCUAACUGUAGAUGAAACUUCCGUUGAAAAAUUUUUGGAGGGGCAGGGAAACUAUUUUAGUGAAAAAUUUUUACAAUUUAUUAAACAAAAAAAUGACAUUUUUGUGUUGUAUUUGAAGCUUUUGAAAGAAUUUUGUAAUAUUUUCAAAUUCAGAUCUAUUGUGCAUUCUUAAACUGAAAUUCUAAUUUUUUGGUAAAAUGAAAGUUUAAUUAGCAGGAUUAUAGGAAACUGUUGGAGGAGGAUAUAGUUGCAAAUACAAAUGAACUGUCAUUACAAAUGAACCUUGUUGGUACAAGUUGGGAGAUUUGGGACUUUUGUGAGCUGUAUGAGUCACACCUCUGGUUUUUCAUUGUGAAAAUACUGAACUCCUGACUUUGGGGCAUAAAAACAUAUACAUGAUUUAAGGGGACCAGCCCUGCCAAGCCUUACUUGUGUGAGUAGCCCAAUUUUAAUGGAGGUGCUUUCAUGAGGUGUGGUAUUAACUUUUCAAGAUGGUUACUCAUUUAGGGCCUGAUUCAACACCCAUUGACUUCAGUGGGUUUUUGAUUGAUUGGGCCCUUAAUCUUGGGAUGCUCAAGUAAAUGUUUACUGAGCCCCGUGUUAAACUGGAACUUCACCAGAUUCUCUCGUGGAAAAUUACAUGAAACUAAGUGUUUAAACUAGAAAUUCAGGACCUUUUUCCUGUUUUAUGUUUAGAUGGAAAACAUAUUUGAGGGAGGAAGGAAUCUGAGGGCCUUUUCUCUGGUUUUUAUUCCCCAGAAAAAUCUAGACUCCUGCUUUCCAUAUCUUCAAAUACUUGGAUAUGUUGGCAUCCUCAAGAGAUGUACCAAAUGAACUAGAAAAAUACUUAUUACGAAGGCAAAAAUUUAGUCUCAGUUCUGCAGAGGUCUUAGUAUUCUGCUGUCCAAGAAUAUAACAAUGAAAUUGGGAUCUAAAAAAUAAAAUUUUGCUUUUUGGUAAAUUGGACUCAUUUAGUUCUAGAAGACUGGAAUCCUUCCAGUUUCACUUCAAUCAUCCCAUUAUUUUUGACUCUUUAACUGAACAGAUUUCUUUAGACAUAUUAGCAGAAGAUUAUAGUGACUAACAUCAAAAUAUGAGGAUUUUUAAUAAAUGCUGAAUAAUUUAAUCCCCCUUCCCAUUUUUAAAUCUGUGGAUUUUGGCAGGUGGCCUAAUUCUUGGAGUUGAUUAGCAGCCUGAUUAUUCCCACCCCCCGCCAACUCCCUGCAGAGUUGUGACUGGAAGAAUGGGCAUCGAGAGCUUUAGCUUUUACCAGUAAGGUUCAUUAACUAAACUCUCAGGAAUAAACUGAAUAUGUUCUAUAAGUGCUUCUGGGUUUUUGGAGGUCCCCUUCAGAGCAGUACAAUGAUCAUCUGACUCUUGACCCAUACAGUAGGGCUUAGAAGAAAUUAAUCAAAAUUAUUAACUUCUAUGGUCCUUCAGCCUAAGAAAUGCUUUAACAAUAUCUGCCCACAGAGCCCCGGGAGACCAUUUUUUGGUAUAUUAUUGUUCUGAACUU